AAUUAACACCCAUUUUUUUAGUAUUUUUUGUUAAAAACGAUGACCAGAUAGUGUAGGGGUAAUUUACAUAGUUUUUAAAGCCAAAUGGACGCCAUAAACGUAUCCUAAAUCGGCGAAACACUUUUGACAUGGAGGAAGACUACGAAGCAGACGUUAUCGUAGCUGAAGCACCCGAGGUGAAAUUGUUCGGACGAUGGACAACAAGUGAUGUUCAGAUCAAUGACAUCUCACUCACGGACUACUUACCCGUGAAGGACAAAUACUCCAAGUAUCUUCCUCACAGCUCCGGUCGUUACCAGAUCAAACGCUUCCGUAAAGCACAAUGUCCCAUUGUGGAGCGCUUGGUUAACUCCAUGAUGAUGCAUGGACGAAACACUGGCAAGAAACUGCUGACUGUUCGAAUCAUCAAACAUGCGUUUGAGAUCAUCCAUCUUUUGACUGGUGAAAAUCCACUUCAAGUUUUGGUGAAUGCUAUUAUCAACAGUGGUCCACGUGAAGAUUCCACUCGUAUUGGUCGUGCGGGUACAGUAAGAAGACAGUCUGUGGACGUAUCACCAUUACGUCGAGUCAACCAAGCUAUCUGGUUAUUGUGCACCGGUGCACGCGAGGCUUCUUUCCGUAACAUUAAGACGAUUGCUGAGUGUUUGGCUGAUGAACUCAUUAACGCUCAUAAGGGCUCAUCUAACUCGUAUGCCAUCAAGAAGAAGGAUGAACUUGAGAGAGUCGCAAAAUCCAACCGUUAAAAUGCAUCGGCAAUAAUGGAAAUAAAAUCUCAAACCAA